AUGAAUUCUGACUCCAGCUCUGUCUCCAGCAGAGCCUCGUCGCCGGACAUGGACGAGAUGUAUCUGAGGGAGCAUCACCACCACCAUCACCACCACCACCACCAGCACCACCACCAGGACUCCCGGCUCAACUCGGUGUCGUCCACCCAGGGCGACCUGGUGCAGAAGGUGGGCGGGGAGGGCCUGUCCCGCGGCGGCUCCAAGGCGGGCGGCGAGAGCGGCAAGUACAAGAUCAAGAAGCAGCUGUCGGAGCAGGACCUGCAGCAGCUCCGGCUGAAGAUCAACGGGCGCGAACGCAAACGCAUGCAUGACCUGAACCUCGCCAUGGACGGGCUGCGGGAGGUCAUGCCCUACGCCCACGGCCCGUCGGUGCGGAAACUGUCCAAGAUCGCCACGCUCCUGCUGGCCCGCAACUACAUCCUCAUGCUCACCAGCUCCCUGGAGGAGAUGAAGAGGCUGGUGGGCGAGAUCUACGGCGGCCACCACUCGGCCUUCCACUGCGGCACGGUGGGGCACGGGGCCGGGCAUCCCGCCCACGCCGCCGGGGCCGUCCACCAGGUGCAUCCCAUCCUGGGCGGGGCCCUGUCGUCUUCCAACACCGCAUCCCCCCUGUCGGCCUCGCUGCCGGCCCUGGGAGCCAUCCGGCCUCCGCAUUCCCUGCUCAAGGCUCCCACCACGCCCCCCACCCUGCAGCUGGGCAGCGGCUUCCAGCACUGGGCCGGCCUGCCGUGCCCCUGUACCAUCUGCCAGAUGCCCCCGCCGCCCCACCUGUCCGCCCUCACCACGGCCAACAUGGCCCGCCUGUCCGCCGAAUCCAAGGACUUGCUCAAGUGA